AUGACAAGAAAAUCACAUAACAAGAGAAAAUCCCAUAAACGUGUCUCCAGAAGGCACUCCAAUGAGGUAUCGCCAUCAUCAUCACCAAUACUAGCGGAUCAAUCAAAAACGAACGAGACUCAACCAAUAAUAGAAUCAUCAUCAAGCACGACAUCGUCGGAACUCCAGCCCCCAGCUAUCAUUGUUUCUUCGGAAUACAACGCUUUUUUCGAUAAUCAAUCAGAUGAUGAGGAAACUGAGGGUGCUCUUUGGAAACAACAACCGACUGCAACCGAUAACUCAUCAGCACAACAACCAAAAAUGUUCCUGACACAAACCAUAGAUCAAAUACUAUCGCCUAAUAUUUCGUGCUUUGCCGGGCUCAGCCCAUCAAAUAAUGUCUUUGAAGAGGACGAUUUUCUCACCAACAAUAACAGCUUUGACGAUCCGUUUGAUGCUGAUUUCAUUGAUGAUAACGAUUUUGAAACGUUUUCCUUUAAUGACAUGGAAGAUAUCUUUGAUCAUUCAGACAGCCACAGUAACUAUGAAACAUCGGAAACUGAAGUAUCGGAAGACGAGGCGAAACGAACCAAUUUCCUACAAGAAGACCAAGAUCUUGCAGAACUCGACGCCCCACUAAACAAUGACCUCUCAUUCAGUGAUAUUAGUCAGUUUUAUAACGGCUUGAGUGAUGAAGAUGAUGACGAGGACAGUUUUGAAAUUCAAACAGUAUCUCACGGCAGAGCGGUCAGAGUUUCAAAAUCUCUUGACUCAUUUCCAGAAAUUCCAAAAAGACUAUUCACCCCAAACAAGUCCAUCCAACCCACAAAAUCAUCAUUGAAAUACAAAAGUGAUGAUACCGUCACAUUUAUUGUUUCCGCACAGAAUGGUAAUAACAGAGAUGCUACGCGAUAUGCCACCGAAUUAAAUUCUGAUAAUGGCAGAGGAAUCCCUUUUCCUUCACAUAAAGACGAUACCGUGUGUAUCGCUGCGAACCAAACAAAGAGAAACAGAAAGAAACAUAAAAAGGCCGCUAUCAUCAAAGCCCAGGAGGUGAUAAAAUGCAAAUCAUCGAAAGAGACGACAGCUACGCAGAAAGACAAGUCUGGCCAUGUUGGUUUUUAUACCGAAAACGCUCUCAAGAAUUACCUACGGAGUAAGAGCUACUAUGGACUUUUCAGAAAAGGGAGUUCUUUCAAGGAUCAAUCUAACUCAUUGAAUGGUGGGAUGAAACAACUUAGAAAAUACAACUCCUCCAUCCAGCUAAAUGAGUCCAAAAAUAUGAACUCAGUGACAUCUCACGACUUGAAAUUGAUCACCAAAGAAUACUCUCUCAAUCUGAAUCAAUCGCAGUCAACAAAGACAAAGAAGAAGUCAGUCAAGUGGGCUCUGAAACUUGAAUGGUGA